AUGAAGACUCUUGUCGUCGUCCCUGAGAAACGCAAACCGAGCAACCUUGAUCCAACUUCUGCUCACGAACGCACAUGCUUAGUCUUGGCUCACACCGUUGUACACGAGUUCUUUCACGCCUUCAAUGCAGCUUGGUUUCCGCGUGUAGACGACGAGACCCCUGUCUCGGCAUGGUUGCAAGGUAACAGAAGCAAUGAGCUUGGCAACGCCGCUAUCAAUCGUUUGCUCGGGGGCGAACCAUUUACAAUGCAUAGAUACAGCAAUGACGCUGUAAAGGAACAUCGCCAGCAUUGUGCUGUGCCCUAUGGAUUGUUUUCAAGGGUGCCAUGGGAUCUAUGGGAGGAUACGAAUGACCAAUUCCAGAAGACCAAGAUAGCGGGUACACAAGAUGCCUUCGCUGCUCGCCAGGUAUUCUAUCCGGUGCCUCAGAAGUAUGUUCACAACAUGUUUACCAAAGAGACCUGGGAGCAUCAAGUACCUAGAUUUGGAAUUGCAGCUCUCAGAGUACCACAUCUAGAGGAUUGGGCAAUCACCCACAAGAAACCACAUUAA